AUGUCCCAGGGGCUACCACCUCAGGAGGAGGAAAUCAUCACUUUGAACUUCGAUGGUCCGGUGCGUGUUUGCCAAGAUGAGGAUAGUCUCAGUUUGUUCGACACUUCCGAAGUAGAAGUCCACAGGUACAACGAGACCUCGUCCUUCAUGCGUGGAUAUUUUGAGAUACUGAAAGAAAUACAGGAAUGCGUAUCUGUAGAAAUUAAAGUGGAAAAGACACUUGGCUCCCGCACCGAUAUUUUGUUCACUCACGACAUCUGCAAUUUCUGCGAUGAAUUAUCAAAAAGUGAGAAAAGCAAAUACAACAAGUACAUGUACCCAUUAAGCCUACCUGAAUGUCCUAUAGGCCCUGGCAAAGUUGAUAUUGCCGAUUGGACGCCCGACAAAGAUGAUUUGCCACGACAAAAAGCGAAUGCAGGCGGAUACCUUACCGUCUUGAGCUUUUACUCAAACCCAUCGUGUGACUGCGAGGAGAAGGUCUUCUUGGGUUGCAUGUUAAUUAAAUUUAUAAUAGAAACUUUGGAAUAA